AUGCUCUUCCUCAUGGCCGCCUCCAAGGGCCUGCUCCUCUACGGGGCCCUCCUCCGCGCCUUCCCCGCCUCCGCGCUCCUCCGCCGCCUCCUCGACCGCCGCCUCGUCGCCGCCGUCUUCGUCGCCCUCGUCCUCGCCGACCUCGCCGCCGCCGGGGCGCUGCCCAACCUCCUCUUCGCGCUCGCCGCAGGCGCCCCCGUCGUCCUCCUCCACGCCGCGUUCCGCGUCCGCGACGACCUCGAGCCCGGGGCCGCCGCCUCCGCCGACAACGGCGCCGGGGGGGAGGAGGAGGAGGCCACGGGUGUCGUGGUGGAGAAGAAGGAGGACGGCGACAUGGAGACCGGGCCGACGCGCCGCUCCGCCACGGCCGCCGCCAAGUCCUAG